GGAUUAUUUCAUGAAUAUUGCAAAUGACUACUGUGUCCAGCAAUGUGGACUUACUACACGAAAAGAAUUGGACCACCAAAGAAGAAGAACAGAGAGAACAUCGAAGUGACAAACUUCCCGCCCAUUUAUAAUGAUUCGACAUCAAAGCCUAUAAAACAGGACCAUAGGGACAAACGGCAAACUGUUCCCACAACAGAAAGACUACAGCAGUUAUUCUUCUCCAAUUCUCUGGCAGACCAUGGUCCCAUUGAGCGAAAGAUUAAAGUGCAAAAGAAAACUGUGGGUCGUAAAGCCUCCCAAGGUAAAGUCAAUGAAGAAACAGCAUUGGCCAUCAAAAGACACUUGAAGGGUCUGCGUCAUCUUGCACCUGAAACCCAAACUUCUCUUCUAGUGGACAACGAUGUCUUGAGUCAGCUGAGACAUCAAACGUUCAAUAUAAAGGACCAGGCCCUCAACGCAUUGCUGGACCUCGGUGGUGUCCAUGGGUCAGUAGCACAAGUGGAGCAAGCCGCUAAGUUCCUCCAGAGUCUGGUAGCCCUGAGGGAGGAGGAUGGAGUCGGGGCGUUGGCGGAGGCGGCUAGAGAAGAGGCACUCGGGGGCCGCGGGGAGAAGAUGCUGGCAUCCUCCUGGGCAGCCGAGGGUUCGACAGACUCUCAGACGUCUCUCACUGAGGAGGCCACGGCUACCCGCAAGGUUCCUGCUGCUGCCUCUGCCCUCAAUGAGGGAUUUCAACAGAGAGGUCCAAAAAUCCGGACCCGUCGUGAUUCCACUAAGACUCAAGAUGUCACGCAUGGUCUUCCGAAGCAGAGGCGGUUCAUGGUGUACAUCUGUGGUGGAUACCGUGACACGGUGCCCGAGAGACAGGCGUUGAGGGAGAAUGUGUAUCCACGCCUCUACCUGUACUGUAAACAGCGGGGGUACGAUUUCAAAAUGGUGGAUCUGCGUCUAGGCAUCUCCGACCCGGUCACAGAGCAUCAUGACACUGUUGAGCUGCACCUCGAGACCCUGCGAAAUUGCCAGAAAACUGCAACGGCAAACUUUUUUAUUUUUGCAGGCCAGAAGCACGAGGUGCCCACCCUGCCUGUCCAGAUCUCUCGGCGUGCUUUCGAGUCCAUCCUGGCGGUCGUGGAACGCGACAGGAAGAAGCGUUCGAGGAGGCGAUCGCAAGCGUACGACGAGCUGGCCUUCUCCUCCCAGUCCACCAUGACCCAUAGCGAUGCAGGGAACAGCUUCGCCCGGCAACCCAGCCCCGACCACCAGGCCGCAGAGGGCGAUCACCGUCCUCUCGCCCCCCAGGGGUCGACCACUAUGAUUAGUAACGAGGCCACGGUGUCACGGACCUCCCUAACGGACGGGGAGGAGGAGGGCGGGGGCGGGGGCCUGACCAGGGGCUGGGCGGACUUCGACCGGGAUCUCACCCUGCUGCAGGCCUGGUACAAACUGGACGAGAACCAUGUGCCCCCGGUGUACCGCCUGCUGCCUGUGAGCACACACCACCCUGACUUCCUGAGUCGGGAUGCGCAGCGCAGGCGACGCGGUCGCAAGGCGUGGCGAACGUCCUGUGGGCAGCUGUGGGCGGUGCUGAGGAGGAGCGCACCAGAAGCACUGGGGGAUGAGGAGGCCUCGCGCCUACUGCGGACAGUGCUAGACUGUGAGGUGGACCAGGGCCUGUCUGCCCUGAGUCCCCCUGAGGAGUUCUGCCACUGCUACAAGCGCAUCAUCCCUGACCUGCUGUACAACCUGCGCAGCGAGCACGCCAACACCUACAUCGACCUGCUGAAGGGCCAGACAGAGGUCAACCAGACCCACAACAUGGCCCACCAGAGGCUCAUCAACAACAUCCACAGGAAGCUGCGCCACACCAACAUCUACGAGAGGAAUGUGGGGUGGGGCAAGAAGGGCCUGAGCCCCAAGCACAACAGGUCCCACCUGUUCUACACCGACCGCCUCUGCUCACACUUCCAACGCACGGUCACCUCCUCACUCAACCGGGCCAUGGAGCUGAGCAGGGCGAAGGAGCCCUUUGAUGUGCGGAGACGGGCCGCCUCCAGGGAGCAGCAGCGGGAGGAGAUGAUGCGCCACAUCCGGCACGCUCACGCUCUAGAGAAGCAGCAUGUGUUUAGGCAGGCCGUGUUGGAGGACAUCCGGGCAGCUGUGGAGAGCGGGCCCCGUAAGCCCAUCCUGCUGCUGGGGGAAGCAGGCUGGGGGAAGAGCACCACGCUCGCCAAAGCAGCCCUGCUCAUGCCUCAAUGGAUACCUGGGGAUGUGAGAGUCCAACUGUGCUUCGUGGAGCUGACAGCGGAGAGCCGCAACGUGAGGCUGGUACUGCGCAGUAUGUGUGUGCAGCUGGCCCAGACUUACAGCAGUCACACACACAUUUCAGAGCCCCUUGCCUUGUUGGCCAGUGAGCUGCACACCCUGCUGGGCCUGGCCAGUGCGGAGCGCCCUGCUGUCAUCGCCCUGGACGCUCUGGACGAGCUCUCCGAGGAGCAUGAGGGAGACGUGUCCUGGCUCUGUUCCCCGCUGCCCCCGCACGUCUACGUGCUGCUGUCCGCCACCACAAACUCCACCGCUGCCAGAGAUCUUCAGAAACAAGCCGAGAUGCGAGUGAUCCAUCUCCCUCCCCUCACCCCUGAGGAGGUGACUCGAGGUCUGGAGCUCCGUCUGGAGGCCGACAGCCGCCAGCUCCGACCCCAGCAGCGGCAGCUCCUCCGCCAGGCCUGCUUGGCCUGCCCCUCCCCUCUCUUCCUGGAGGCCGCCUACGUGGAGACCAGGCGCUGGAGCUCCUUCUCUGCCCAGGAGAGCCUGGUGCUUCCCGGGGACUUGGCCAAGCUGUACGAGACCCUGCUUUCUAGGCUGGAGAGGGAGCACGGGGAGAAUCUGGUGCGGCGUGCCGGCGAGCUCCUCUCGCUCUCCCGUGCGGGGAUCACCGAGGACGAACUGCUGGUGCUGUUGGCGCGCGACUCUGGGGUCCGUCGUGAGGUGGACGCCUUUUCCUCUCGUCGUCAUAUGUCAGCCUCCUCCUCCCAUUCGGAGGACAGCCUUCCCAGGGUGCCGAGCGUGCUGUGGGCUCGUCUGAGACGCGCCCUGGGCCCACACCUGAUGGAGGUUGAGAGCGACGGCACCUGGGUCCAUCGCUGGAGCCACACCGAGUUGGGACGCGUCGCUGUGCAGCGCUACCUUCGAUCGGAAGACAGCAGGAAGAUUGUGCAUGCCGACUUUGCAGACUACUACCGGGGAAGCUUUGGAGGGAGGCAUCGGGACGUCUUCCAACCCCUGGCAUGGGUGCUGGACGAGGGGGAGAGAAGUGGUGGCAGCAGCAGUGGAGUGAAGAGGUAUGCCUUUAACCUGCGGAAGCUCCACGGUCUGCCCUACCACCUGGUCCACUCGGGCCAGAUCAUGCCUCUGAUGAACGAGUGCCUGUUCAACUACGACUUCCUGCUCUACAAGGCCUGGGGGCUGUCUGUGCUGCACAUAGAGGACGACCUGAGAGGAGCCGUCAUCCCCGAGAAGGAGCUGCUGGACGUGGACGUGCUGUCCCAGGUGUUGCUCAUGUCCAGGGACGUCCUGCAGCGGGACCCCUGCCAGCUGGCCUCUCAGCUCACGGGCCGUCUCGCUCAGAUUGUCACCCAGGACAGGCCCGUCGCUCCAGGGGAUCCUUGUAAGUUCAGCCACCUGCACACCUUACUGGCCCAGUGCCAGCGCUCCUCUCUGCCCUCGCUGGUGCCCUCCUUCACCUGCCUACUGCCCCCUGGCGGCCUCAUGUACAGCCACGUCGCCGGCCACAUGAGUCCAGUGACGGCCAUCGCUGCUUGUCAGGACGGCUCCCAGGUGCUGACCUGCUCCCAAGAGGGAACCUUGAGACUAUGGGACCUAAACAAGGGCAGAGUGGUGCACACGCUGACCCUGGGAGACGAGGAUGACGACGGCAGCAGCAGCACCCUGCCGGCCGCUGACACGCUCACGCUGUGUCUGGAGGACACCUUGGUGGCCGUCACCCGGGCCCACCACCUGGAGGUCAGAGAGCUGGACUCUGGGGACCUGUUGUACUCGGAGAGCGAGUCUCUGGAUGUCCCCGUGGUGACGUGCGCAGCAGACGGCCAGCUGCUGGUGGUCUUCUUUGAUGGCAGUCAGAUGGUCAAGGUGUUUGACCUGACCGACUCCUGUAAGCUCCUCUGUUGUACCUCCGUCACCUUGGAGUCGGAGCCCAUCCACAAAGACCAUUCAGUGCUCCUCUCCCGCCACUCCGUCAAGGACUAUCAGCAGCAGCAGCAGCAGCAGCAGCAGCAGGUUUCUUCUGAGUGA